CGAGGAAGGAUGAUGAGGAGGAUCGGACCAUUGAGCUUAAAACUUCGGAAGCAGAGAAUGCAUGGUUGAAGGCCUUGGGGAUUGGGCACGACUCAUCUCGAUUGGUUUAUGGCGCGAUACAACACGGAGGAAACAGACGGAGGUGCCUCGAUGCUGGACGUUUUCAACCUCGAUGAAGAGGAGAGAAUAGAGGUGGACUUUCUCACUGCACCUGACGCAGACCUUACGGGGCGACACAGGAGGCCCACRCAGCGUGAUUACGAGAGACAUGCCUUUCUCCCGCUUGCAGGCUCUCACUGGGUUGAGGAGAUGACGAUACCACUACAACACAGGGUAUGGAGAUUGGAAUCUUUCAAUCACCUUGCUCCUAUUGGCAUCAAGGCGUACAAGUUCCUGGCGGGCGGGAAGAAGAGUGAUUUUGAGAACUGUUAUAAUAAUGCCUUGGAAGGGGUGUUCGUGUACGGAGGACCAAAGAAAUCUCCCCACAAGGGCGGGCGACUAGCGUUUCCGGCGCUACAGGACAUGGAUCCAGAGAAGUGCAAGUACCCGAAGCCUGUGGCCAUGCAGAAAACGAUGCCUCAGGGUGUGAGCAGGGAUCUCAGCGCCUUGAAGAAAUUCUGGAACAUAGGCYGGCCGUACUUGAAGUGCAAGUGUGGAUAUCAGAACUCACGAAGAUGCGAAGCUGGAUUGUUGUGGUUUGACCAUGUCUUAUGGUACAUGUUUGCGUACCCGGAGGUGAUUGUGUCGUCUGCCAAAUCAGGAAAAGCUAGGUUCGUCACGGUGCUUCGUCACUGCCGUAACACCUGGAGACCAUUGAUGCUGGCAAGCAUCACCUUCCUGUACGUCCGCCACUUUAUGAUGUUGGCUUCACAGGCAUUGCUGCGCAACCCGAAUUGCAAUUCGGACCAAUUGUUGAACCGGCACCUCAUGGCGAAUCCUUUUCCCCGCGCCUUGACCAAGUUGGCUCUACCCGAGAAAACGGCGAGAAAGGCCAUGCAGCAGGAGGGGCAGGGAUCUCAGCGCAAGAAGAGGAGAUCUCUUGAUCUCCCGGGCCAGCAGCAGCUCCAGUUCGCCCAAGCGCAGAGGAUCGUGAACCAGGCUGGUCCUUCGGAGGCCUCCUCGGCCCCGGCACCCAGCAAUGGUUCACCACCUGUGGGCCACGAGCAAGCUUCCAAUAGGACAGGGGAAGCAUCUUCUACUGCCUCCGCUGCUCUGGGCUCGCUCRWGGGGGUGGUCUUUAGCUGGAAGUAUGAUGAGAAGAUCGCCGCUUGUUUCUACAAGCCGGCGGAAGUCUUCAGGGACUUCGAGCUAUGCUCCUGGCAGCWGUCUACCAGAGCUGAACGAUGCYCAUGUGCCACGCCCARAUUCYGGCCAUUCCACCGSAUASGURCUCAGUGUAUGGUUGACRAUCCAGCCUAGAAGCAGACCYAUGUGCUCACUCUUGAUCCACGGGUUUCCUMGUCCCCUUCGGGCAGASAUAUGMUUGGGUUGGAUUAAAUCACAUCCCUCUCAAACCAUUGGAGGUGAAGAAGGCGCUUGGCCAGCUUUCCCUUGCAUGGGAUGUACUCAGAAGGGAUGUCGAGGAACUUGCUGCGUUAUCAGAGGAGCAAGCAGCUAGAGUGCAUUCGCAGGUGCUGCUCCGGGCUAAGAGUUGUUUCCAAUCCUGUAUCAGGAGGAAGAGACAUGUUCCCUUACCGAUGGUGGAUCUUUUUCACCUCAAAAGGGAGGCGCAAUUCUUGACGAGCAAAUUCUACAUCUGUGGYACUAACAAAGCCCCGCACACUCC